UAACUGACCAGUGCAUCCCCUGUGUGUUACAGCAACUUAAACACCCCAACCUGGUGAACCUGCUGGAAGUGUUCAGGAGGAAGAGGAAGCUGCAUUUGGUCUUCGAGUACUGCGACCACACGGUUCUCCAUGAGCUGGACAAGCACCCCCGAGGGCUGCCAGAGUACCUGGUGAAGAGCAUAACCUGGCAGACCCUCCAGGCUGUGAACUUCUGCCACAAACACAAUUGCAUCCACAGAGAUGUAAAGCCUGAAAACAUCUUGAUAACAAAGCACUCAGUCAUCAAACUUUGUGACUUUGGAUUUGCUCGAAUACUGACUGGUCCCAGUGACUAUUACACAGACUACGUGGCGACCAGGUGGUACCGGUCCCCAGAGCUGCUGGUGGGAGACCAGUAUGGACCUCCUGUGGACGUGUGGGCCAUUGGCUGCGUCUUUGCAGAGCUGCUCUCAGGGGUGCCCCUGUGGCCUGGCAAGUCAGAUGUGGAUCAGCUGUACCUCAUCAGGAGAACCCUGGGGGAUCUCAUUCCCAGGCACCAGCAAGUGUUCAGCACCAACCAGUUCUUCAGUGGGGUGAGAAUUCCAGACCCAGAGAGCAUGGAGCCAUUGGAAAUGAAAUUCCCCAAUAUUUCCUACUCUGCUCUGGCUCUGAUGAAGGGGUGCCUUCGGAUGGACCCUGCGGAGAGACAGACCUGUGAACAGCUGCUGCAGCAUCCCUACUUUGACAGCUUUAGGGAGGCAGUGGAUCUGGGGAAGGAACAUGAGAAAACAGCUCAGAAACCAGCCAGGCUGACUCGGAAGCACAUGCCAGGGCUUUUUCUUUCCUUCCAGCACCUGCCUCAGCUCACCAGCAGUCAUGUUCUCCCAGCCUUGGACAGCAAGAAGCACUGCUGCAAGACCAGGAAAUCCAACUACCACUUCCCAAACAUCUGA